ACGACGACGACGGCUACGACAACGGUGACAUCAUCGGCAUCGGUCCCAGAUGGUGCGAGUGAUGAUGGUGGGAAACGACCAAUUGCGGCGGUGGACGCCGGGAACUGCUUCGAGCUGCAAGUCGUAUCCGCCUAUGUUGGUAUGUAUCGAUGUUCCGCCAAGCACUGUGGUAAUAAUGGACAACCAGGUAUUCCAUCAUAUCUUCUCAAACCCCAAACUCCAAGUGUUUUUGAUCUCUCAACCUCUCUACGAAAACAUAUGUGAAAUUCUGAAAUUUAUUUAUUAUUUAUUCAAAAUUUCAAUAAAGGACUAAAAGCCAGACUUUCUAAGGGUUAAAGUACACAGGGUCAAAUAUUUGACAAGGAAAGAACUCAAGAAACAACAUCAGUUUGGCACUAAUGAAAAUUCGAUCGAGUCAAACAAGAUGUUUCCUUUUGGACAAAUAUUUGACCCAGUGUACUAACAGAUUAAGUGUGAAUGAUUAAUGUAGAAUUUUCAACUAAUUUUGAUAGCAACUAUUUCGGUACUUUAAUACUGUACGAAUAGAUAGAACCAGUUUAUAUAAUUGAGUGGAACUUAAAUUAUGCGAUUUAUUUAAUGAGAGUGUGGAUGCAGGAGUCCACGAAGAAAUUAUUUAAGGAGUGUAUCGGAAAUUAAUUGUAAAUAUUCACAGCAGCCUUAAACUAUUUUUUUUUUUUGAGAUACUAUGUAAAGCUUUAAAAAAUGGCAGUUCUGAUUUUCUAAAAAUAAUUAUUAAACUUGGACUUUUAUCUCAAAGAUUACAAAUUUGUUUUUAAAAUUUUUGACACCUCCUAAAAGUUUGAAAUUGCGAAAACUGUGGGAAAAUAUUCAUUUUUUUCUUAUUUUUGCGCAAAUAUAUUCUUUUCCAGAAUGCUUAUGGUAGAGUAAGGUGGGGCAAAAGUUCGACCCUAGUUGAAAAUUCAUUUUUUUUUCCAAGGAAGCUAAGUAGACACAAAUAAAUGAAUACCGUGUAGUGAUUCUACCAUCCAUGAGCUAAAAUUUUGCUGAACAAACUUACGCCAAAUGUAUUUUCAAUUUUGAGUUACAACACUUUUUGUAUGUGUGUGUCUAAUUCGAACUCUUGCCCCACCACUGGGGCAAAAGUUCGAAUCUAGUGUUUAUGGUAUUUCGCUAACCGUAGCACACUAUUUCGAUACUUUGGUAAUUGGAAUACCUAAAACCAAUUAAUAUUCGAUGUUGAAACUGGAAUACACUUUAAAGUUCGAUCUGGAUUUUACCCAAAUCAGGGUUAAAUUUACUUCACCAAAAAUUAGUAGUUUUCCGCCAAAUUCAAAUAAAACAACAUUUUUUUUCGACUUUCAUCGAAUUUUCUCACUGAUUCCAUCAUUUUUAGAGAUAAUAUGUACAUUUUGCAGAAUUUCUUGGUUUUACCUAAAGUUGCCACAUGACUCGAAUCCUUGCCCCACAAUUCGAACUUUUGCCCCACAAUGUAUAAAAUAUGAUUUCCAAAUCUUUUUUGCAAAAAGUUAUUCAUGCUAAAGCAUCUUCAAAAUAUACCUAGUUAUACGCCUCAAAAUAAAAUAUCGAAUUCGAUUUCAUUACAAUUCCAUUACAUGCGUUGGAAGGACCAUCGGAUAUUACAAUUUUUUGAUCAAAAACCAACAUUUUGUCAUAACUUUUCGAAAUAUUGAUCAAUUUUCAUAAUUUUUGGAGUGAAAGACUCUUUUUCAAAAAGGCUUCGAACAACCUUGACACCCGAAAGAUGUAAUUUGAAUUAGGCUCAAAAACUUCAAAAGAAACUCUUGCCCCACUCGAACUUUUGCCCCACUUUACUCUAUAGGAAAAUAUUUCAUUUUAAGGGAAAUUCCCGCAUUUCAGCGCAAUUCUUAAAAAUGAAAGAAAAGUUUAUUUUUUGAGAGACUCUUUUUUAUUCGUUUUUAAAGAACGAUUACGUAAAUAAAAUAUACAUAAAGUUAAAAAUUAGCAUUUUUUCAAUUGGGUAUGUAUUUAAAUUUAUUGAAGAAGUUGUUUUACCAGAGAACGGGAUGUUAUAACCUCUUAAGAUAUUUAAAACAGAGCGUCAAAGUUCGAGCAAAAUGUAGGUGUUUUUUUGGGAUAGACCAUUUUCUAAACCUUGGGAGUUUGAAGAAUUAGCAUUAAGUUAAAAUUCACAAACACAAAAAAAAAUCUAAACCUUGGGGGAUUAUCUGUCAUACUUAAUACUUUCCAGACUUUUCCCCGUACAUUUUUUUCACUACAAAUUAUUGAAACGUUGAAAAAAAAUAGCAUUUGUACAGAUUGUGUUUUGUUGUUGUUUUGUGUGGUGUUCUCAUCCCACCAUAUUUUCAAUAAUACUAAACAUUUUCUAAAUUUCUUCAGGCUGCUCUAAGCUUAACUAUAUUGUGAAGAUUUGAUAGAAACCCGGAAUAAAAAGAUCAACCUUGCUUCAAGAUAUAGUAUUUUGUUCAUUUACAGUAAAUUUCCAAUACACUCCUUAAAGGAUCUCCGAAGGAAGUCUGGAAGAAAUCUCUUGAACAAUUCCUGGAGGAAAUCUAUAUAUAUAAUAUAUCUAUAUAUAUAAAAAUGAGUUUGAAUUAUCUUUGAGGCAACAAAACUCAUGAACGGGUGAACCGAUCAACAUCACUCUUGCACGGUUUGAUUCGUAUUUAUGUUGGCUGUGUUUAUAUGUAGAAAAAGUUACGAAAAUUGACUAGAAAAGUAAGAAAUUUUACAAAAUGCUGAUUUUUCAUGACCUGGGUAGAAAAUCAACAUGAUCGAAAUGAAACCAAUCUAGAGUGCCAUGCUUCAAUAACCUUAACAAUUGUCAAACCACCACAAGAUUGGCAAGACGAAGUUUGCCGGGUCAGCUAGUUAUAUAUAAAUGAGUUUGAAAUUCCUUUGAGGCAACAAAAGUCAGAAUGAGUCUUGCACGGUUAGAUUUGUAUUCAUGGUGGCUGUGUUUAUAUGUAAAAAAAGUUACGAAAAUUAAUUUAAAAAGUAAGAAAAUUGGUGAAACACUGAUUUUUCAUGACUUGGGAAGAAAAUCAACACGAUCGAAUUAAAACCAAUCUAGAGUGCGGUGAUGUUAUGAGCUCAACAGUUGUCAAACCACCACAGCUUGGCAAUACAACGUUUGCCGGACCUGCUAAUACUGAAUAAAUUUCUGGGGGAAUACCUGAAACAAUUUUUUGAAAGAAUCUGCAGUUGCUUUUCUGAAAAUUUCUGGAGAAAUUCCAGGAAGAAUCACUGAGGAAAUACCUCGAGAAUUUCUUGGAGAAAUUCCUGAAGGAAACUCUUGAGAAGUUCCUGGACGAACCCCAGAAGCAAUCCUGAAUUUGUCAUUGGAAAAAAUCCUAGAGGAAUCCCUGAAGGUAUUUCUGAAGGAAUCUAUUAAUGAAUUCCUGAAAGAAUACUUAGAGGAAUUUCCAAGGAAAUUUCUUAAGAACAUCCUGGAGAUAUUCCUAGAAGAUUUUUUUUGACGAAAUCUCUAAAAUUCCUGACGGAAUCUCUAGAAGAAUUGCUGACGGAAUCCCUGAAUGAAAUCCUGUUUGAAUCUGCGGAAGAGCUUCCCUGGAGAAAUUUCCGAAGAAAUCCUUGAAGAAUUUCUUGAAACAAUACCUGCAGAGAUUACCUAAAAGAAAAAUUAAAGAACAGCUUCCAAAAAAAAAUUUCAAAAUAAUUUAUUAUGGAAUUUUGAAGGAAUUUUUGAUGAAAUCCCUGAAGGAAUUCCUAAAAGAUUCCCUGGAGAAAUUUGAAAUAUAAAAUAGUGGAGAAAUUCAGUAGGCAUUCGUAAAGGAAUCCCUUAAGCAACUCCUAAAGGAAUUCAAGGAGGAAGUCGUGAAGGAAUCUCUGUAGGAAUUUAUGGAAGGAUCCCUGAAGGAAUCUCUGGACGAAUUCCUGAAGAAAACUCGGUAGAAUUUCCUGAGGGGAUUCCCGCAGGAAUCUUUGGUGAAAUUCUUGAAGAAAUCCUUAGAACAUUUCUGAAAGAUUCUUUGAAAAAUCCCUGAAAGAAUUCCUGGAGGAAUUCCCAAGCAAUUCCCCCUUGAAUGCAUUGCUGAAGCAAUCUCUGGAAGAUUUUCUAAAACAAUGUCUGUAGGAGUCGUGAAGGAAUACCUGAAGGAAUUUCUGACUUUAUCUCUGCAGUAAUCCCUUGUGAAAUUCCUGAAGGGAUCUCUGGAAACUACUAAAGGAAUCUUUUGGAGAACUCCUGAAAAAAUCAUCGUGAUUUUUUUUUUAAUGUUGCUGAAGGUAUUCCUGAAGAAAGCAUUGAAAUAAGUACAAUUGGAAUCCUUAGAGGAUAUCUGAAAGAUACCCGUGGAGGUUUUUCUGGAACAAUCAUAGAGGAAUUCCUAGAAAUAUUUGCCAUUUUUGGAAAAGCUUCCCAGGAGAAAAUCUUGAAGAAGCCCUAAUAGAAUCUCUCGAACCUUUUUGAACUGGACUUCUUUAUUUGACGAAUUUUGACAAAACCACUUUCAUAACAUCCUCAAGAAACUACUGAACGAAGCUUUCCACAGACGUACACCUUUGAGAUUUAAGCUUUUUUUUUGACAGAAUUAGUUCCUAACUGUCCAAAAUUUAGGCUAGCGAGCCUCUAGAGUCUAGACUCUAGAGGUUGCCUUCUGAAGGCAAAGAAUUACAAUAUAUCCAGCCAGUCAGCACGUAAUGAUGUUAAACGGUUUUAAAACGGUUCUUGAAGCCUCCCUAAAACUGGUUGGACUUCGAAAAGUUGCAAUGUUUGGCAUCUUUAAAUACGUUAUUCAUGGAGCUUUAAAAUCAACACGAUACGCAAUCAUACUUUCUAGUUACGCCGACAUCCCGCAAUAACCCUGCAAACCUAAAGUUUUACUGAAGACCUAUGUGAAAUGAAUCAUAUUGUAUGUAUUACAUUGUAUAAGGCCACAGAGGUCUUCCUAAGCACUGUUUGCUGAUUGCAGAGUUUCUUAUCACUUUUUUUUUCAUCAGCAUUGAAUCGCAGAUCUUCAGUCAUCUCGUUCAGUUGUUCCUUAUCAUCCUAGUUGCAAACAGUGAUCAAUAUGAAGCUCUUCUGUUGCUUCGUUUUGGCGUUGUCCUUCCAAACGUCGUUGGUCUUGGGAUCAAGAUGUCAAAAAUUGGAAUCCAAGAACUGCAUAGUGUUAACGUUGGCCCCUCUGGAUGGCCUUUCGGGCGAGAUUUCAUUACCGGAUCUCAGUGGCAAAACUUCACUCCAAAUCAAGGGUGGCAAUCUGACGGCCUUCGGGGAGAAGCUGUCCAAUCAGUUGGGGUCCGUCCAGAAGCUGCAUCUGGGACCACUGGGGUUGAGGGAGAUAUUCUUGAAGGCCGAUUUGCUGGAAGUGACCGCUGCCGACAAUCAAAUCCACGUGGUCAAAUUUGGAUCCUCGACAGGAAAGUACCUGCUGGAAAAAUUGGAUCUUCGAAGGAAUCGGCUUAAGCAUCUGGCCGGAUUUGAAGUGCUGACGGAUUUGAUCGAACUGCAGCUGGAAGAUAACCAACUGGAAACCAUCGAUUUUGGCGUCUUUGAACGGAUGAAAAGUUUGACGAAGCUGAAUCUUGGCCGCAACCAUAUUACCAAACUAGAGGCGAUAAGGGCGAUCAACUUGCCAAAUCUUGAGUAUCUCUCGUUCGCUGGCAAUAGGCUCGCCAAGUUCAACGUCAGCAUGUGGAAGUUCGACUCGCUGACCACAUGGGACGUCAGCUCCAAUGAUUUGAUUUACUUCGAUGGCUUGGAUGUUGGUCAACAGUUUCCGAGCUUGAGCACAGUCAUGCUCUCGGGGAAUGGAUGGCAUUGUAACUGGUUGAGCGAUUCCUUGAAGAUGCUUGGCGACAAUUCCGUCAACGUUGGCGAUAAAGACGAGCGCAAUGAUUGUGAGAAGUUAGAAGGCAUCUGUUGUGAUUCACUUGAUAUAUUUGCCAACAGCGGUGACGACAAGGUGGCGGCUAUUAAAAAUGACCAAGAAGGGAUGCGAGAAGAGUGGAGCACGAAUUUGGAGAAAAUCAAAAUAAAUCAGAACAUAAAACUUCGUGAAUUAAAAACACUCCUAGACGAACUACAAGAAAAAUCAAGCAUUUCUUUAACACCCAGCGAACCGUUCAACGCGGAGGAGUUCACCCAACUAACAGAACUAGCCAAGCAGCUAAAAGCUUCCAUUCAAAAUGAGCUGGACGCUUGCGAAUCGCGAAGCACGUCAAACGAAAAAACUGUCAAAAGCCUAGAGUACACCAUUUUGCAGCUGAGAAAAUUGCUUCAACGGGAAGCGCAGAAAAUUUCCAACUUGCAGGACCUUAAGAAAAUUUCCAACUUGCAGGACCUUGAAAAAGCUUAUCUUAGUGGGUAAUCUCGUUUCCAUUGAAGCUACUGCAGUUAAAUCGUUGAAGAAAUCGCUGAUGCAAUCUUCGGGGGAUCCCUGAGCAAUCCUUGGAGAAAUUCCGAUAGGAAUUCCUGGAUUACCUCCUAAGGGAAUCCCUGGAGUAAUCUCUGAAAAAAAAACUCUAAAAAAUCUAAUGAAACCCUGGAGAACUUCCUGUGGGAAUCCAUGCAGAAAUUCCUGGUGGAAUCCCUUCAGUACUUUCUGGAAGAAUCCCUGCAAUAAGGAAUUCCUGAAGAAAUACCUUAAGGAAUCCCUGGGGAAAUUUCUAGAGGAAUUCAUGCACCAAUCCCAGGAGAAAUUCCAGAACAAACCCCUGGAAGCAUUUCUGGACGAAUCUCCGGAAGGAGUUCUUAAGAAAUCCCUGAAUGAAUCACUGAAAGAACUCUUGAAGAGAUUCCUUGAAGAUUUUUUGAAAGAACCUCUUGAGGAAGAAAUUCAUGAAAUGAUCUCUUGAGGCUUUUCUGAACGGAUCCCUGGAAGAAUUUCUGAAGGAGUCCCUUGAGGAAUUUAUUAAUAAAUCCCUGAAGGAAUUUUCGAAGGAAUCCCCGGAAAUUUUUUUAAAGAAAACCCUAGAAGAAUUCCUGAAAUGAAACAUGGAUGAUUUCAUGAAGGAAUCUCUGACGGAAUUUUUGGAGGAAUCCUAGCAGUAAUCCACGAAUCCUUGGAAGAAUUCCUGAAGAAAAUCCCGAAAAAAAUAUGAAGAAAUCCCUUGACGAAUUUCUGAAGGAGUCCUUGAGUAAUUCCUUAAUGAAUCCUUGGUGGAAUGCCUGAAGGAAUCUUUGUAUGAAUUCCUGAAAGAAACGUUGGAAGAAUUCUUGAAGGAAUCCUUGGGAGAAUUCCAGGAAGAAUCCCUCGGAAAUUCUUGAAGGAAUCUCUGAAGAAAUUUCGGAAGGUACCUCUGGAGCAAAUCCUGAAGGAAUAUAUGGAGGGGUUUCUACAGGAACCCCUGUUUAAUGAAUUCCUGGAGGAAUUCCUGAAGGAUUCCCUGGAGAAAUUCAUAAAGGAAUCCCAGGAGGAAUUCUUGAGGGAAUCCCUGGAGCAUUUCCUGAAGGAAUCCCUGGAGAAACUCACGAAGCAAUUCCUGGAGAAUUUCCUGAAGGAAUCCGUGGAGGAAUUCCUGAAGGAAUCUCUGGAGGAAUUUCUGAAGGAAUCUGGAGGAAUUCCUGAAGGAAUCUCUGGAGGAAUUCCUGAAGGAUUCUCUGGAGGAAUUCCUGAAGGAAUCUCUGGAGCAAUUCCUGAAGGAAUCUCUGGAGGAAUUCCUGAAGGAAUCUCUGGAGGAAUUCCUGAAGGAAUCUGGAGGAAUUCCUGAAGGAAUCUCUGGAGGAAUUCCUGAAGGAAUCUCUGGAGGAAUUCCUGAAGGAAUCUCUGGAGGAAUUCCUGAAGGAAUCUCUGGAGGAAUUCCUGAAGGAAUCUCUGGAGGAAUUCCUGAAGGAAUCUCU